GAUGAUUCCCCCACCUCUAUUGUCAACAGAACAACAGAAAAAUAAUAAGCCAAAAGAUUAUUGCUCAAGCUUCGAGUAGCUGCAAUUUGAACUCAGAGACAUGGGUAAGCACAGAACUGCCCAGCAGGAUGCAAUAUUCGUUGCCUUUAUGGAGCGACAUCCAAUCAUAUCGAAAAAUUACCUCAAAGGCGACAAGCAAGCGGCGGAGGCAGCCUGGAAGAGAUUGUCAAAGGAGCUCAACAGCGUUGGUCCGCCUGUCAAGGAGGCCUGCGAAUGGAAGCGGGUGUGGAAGGAUUGGAAAAGCUGCAUUCGUAAGAAGAUAACUAAUAACCGCCUAGAGGACUCUAAGGCUAGUGGCAAAGGAUCGCUGUACCAAGAUACACUCACACCUCUGGAGGAUGCAGUCGCCGUGAUUUGCGACUUGUACGACAUGGCUGACACCAUUGUCGAAGCGCGUCCCAAGACCCAAAUCGAAGGGCCUCAAAGCCUUUCUCUGCAAAGCUUAAAAACUGACAACGAGGAAGCCACUGUAACGGAUAUUGACGAGUUUGAUGAAGACGAAGAAGAAGAUGAAGAUUGUAGCAACCCAAUAAAUAUUAGAAGUUCAGGUGUAAAACUGGAGCCACGAACUACUAAAACUACUGCGAAACGAAAGCUGGAUGAGGAAGACGCUUUGGAAAUUGAACAGGACAGCGCAGUUCCGGUCCUCAUGGACAUAGCAAAGGAACUCCGCAAUUUAAAUAGACAAACACGCCUAAACGCCCAGCGAACUGAAGCUAAUACUGCCUCCAUAUUAGCUCUGGGUACUCAGAUAUCAGAAUUAAUGCAGCAGCAGUUAAAGGAACGGAAGCGCCUUAAUGCCAUAAUGGAGAAAUUUGUACUCAAAAUGGAAUCCACAGAAUAGAUCCAAUCCUGUAAACUACCGAAAAA